AUGCCACAGAUCAACGGAGCCUCGGAAGCCCUUCACUUCCCAGCUAUAGACAGCCCUGCGGCAAAAGGUGCCUCGUACUACACUCCGCUUCAAGAUCCAGUCUCCGGCACCGCAAUCAGCACAACCACCGGCGCCCCCAUUCCCAAACUCUUCACGCCGCUGACCGUCCGUGGCGUCACCUUUCAAAACCGACUCUUCUUGGCGCCCCUCUGCCAAUAUUCAGCACAGGACGGAUACGCAACUGACUGGCAUCUGACACAUCUGGGUGGCAUCAUCCAGCGCGGACCUGGUCUCGCCCUGAUGGAAUCUACUGCAGUUCAGCGGGAAGGCCGCAUCACACCUCAAGACAUCGGCUUGUGGGAAGACAGUCAGAUCGAGCCGCUGAGACGGAUCAUCGAGUUCGCUCACAGUCAAGGUCAGAAGAUCGGCAUCCAGCUCAGCCACGCCGGUCGUAAGUCCAGCACCGUGGCGCCCUUUCUGCACAUGAACGCUACUGCAAGCGCGGAGGUUGGCGGAUGGCCUGACGAGGUGUAUGCGCCUUCUGCUCUGCGGUUCAACGAUGCCUAUCCGCAACCGAGGGCUAUGACACUCGAGCAAAUCCAGGAGUUCAAAAGGGCGUUCGUGGACGCAGCAAAGAGGGCCGUCAGGGCCGGCUUUGACGUGGUCGAGAUCCACGCCGCCCACGGCUAUCUCAUCCAUCAGUUUCUUAGCCCCAUCAGCAAUCAGCGCACAGAUGAUUACGGCGGAAGCUGGGAGAACAGAGUGAGGCUAGUCCUUGAGAUCACAGAUCUUGUGCGAGCCUCUAUUCCAGAGGAUAUGCCCCUUUUCGUUCGAAUCAGCGCGACGGAUUGGUUUGACAACAUGAAGAAAGAGUUUCCGGAGAGCUGGACUGUUGCUGACUCCUGCAAGUUGGCAUCGAUUCUUGCCGAGAGAGGUGUCGACUUCCUUGACGUCAGUUCCGGUGGUAUUCAUCCUCUGCAAUCUACAAGCAUCAAGUCUGGACCUGGCUACCAGGCACCUUUUGCCAAGGAGAUUAAGAGGGCGGUCGAAGACAGGAUGGUUGUGUCUGCUGUUGGCGGAAUCAGCACGGGUGCCAUGGCAGAGGGGUUUCUCCAGUCUGGUUUGGAUGUCAUCAUGUGCGGACGUUGGUUUCAGAAGAACCCAGGUUUGGUGUAUUCGUAUGCUGAUGAACUUGAGGUCCACGUCAAGAUGGCAAACCAGAUUGGUUGGGGCUUUGGUGGGCGCGGAAAGGGCACAAAACAAUAA